ACAUUGAUUUGGAAUUUAAAAUGAUGAAAUAUUCUAGUAUUAUUAAACAUAUAGUGUGCUAUAAAUUUCAAAAUACAGAGAUGAAAAGACAGAAUAAAAUUUAGGACGUUAACAGUCCUUUUAAGUACAAAGAGCAACAGUGAUAGAAAUGGCUGCAACCAUUGAACUCCUGCCUAAAGCUCCGGAAGUCCUCGGCCAUUCAGUAUUGACACAGACUCAAAACUGUAAUUACCAGCUUCCGACCCCUCUCAUGCAUGGAGGAAUAAUUGAUAGAUUGUAAUGGAAAAAACUAUUAAUUACUUAUAGAAUAUUGUGAAAAAUGAGAGCAGUUUGGACACAUUGUUCAUGCAGGGACUUGGAAACCUGACCUGGAGAGGGGGGAUACAUGUCUAGCAGCACUGCUCAAGUUGCAGACUGGUAGAUCUUAUCGUGUAAUGAUACACAAUGCAUCUUAAUCGGCGCAGGCAUUCUGACCUGAUUGCUGUGAAAUGCUAUCAAACAGACAUUGUUAAUUUUGAGAAGAAAGUCUUGAAGUUGACUUGUUUGAUACUUAGGGCGUGCACUUAUACUGGUGGCACCAAAUGCAGGGUCUGAGUUGCUCGAUGUAAAUAGCAAAUGUUGCUGUAAUAAUGAAUAGGCAUUUCUUCUAUGUGUGGAUAGAUUGGGAAAAUAUGCUAGCUAGCUUAUUGUAGAUGUUCCUGCUGUGGUAAGAAUUCUGAUAUCUCCACAAAGAUCUCAAACCAUCAAGUUAAUUAAAGAAACCCGGGGUCCCCCUUUUUAAAAAAUCUCUAUAAUAAAAGUAAAAUGCAAGGUCUGGCCACUUAGACUUAUUUUGCAAUGAUGCAAAAAAAAAAAAAAAUCCCUGUUCAUGGAACACGGUAGUUUAUGAGAACAGUAUGUUCAUUCAAUGCUGUUAACUGUGUCAGCAAUGUCAUGGUUGUUUUUAAAUGUAAUUCAAUAAAAUGACAUAACAAUAUUAAAACCUGUCAACAUUUGGCUCCAGUGCUUUAAAAACAGUUCAAAACAUCUAUCACGCGGACCGGAAGGAACGACUUAGUGGGGUCAGUUUUGUCUAGAAGAUUAAUACCACUGCCGAUUGCAUUGGUCAUUUGGUGCUAGUUUCUUGGACAAAUAAAAUUAGUUCCAGGUGCAAGGUAUCCCCUUUAUUAAGAUGGAAGUAUGCCUAGCAGAUGUUAGGGUCAUGCUAUAGAUUUUUUGGUCUCCUUUUCAUCCAAGCAGAUUCAAUGAAGAGAGGAAAAAAUCCGACAGACAAGAGCCGGGCACACUUGGCCUGUUUUGUUGGACAAUAUCGAAUUCCUGAUCUAGUGACAUUUCAUUAAACAGGUCCCAAAGAGCACCUGCCGGUUUUGUUAGACCGAAGUGGCUCGGAGUUGAUGUCUUUUAAACACUUGUUUGAUUUGCGUUAGUUCGGAAGGGUUUAUGGGUGUUGAAAUUUUACCUAUGUCUACACAGAAUGAUAUACUGUAAUCCUGCAUGCAUGAUCGGGUAUUGUUUGAGCAGAGAUCGACCAUUGAUUUAAUUUUAUUCAGUGUAUGGAUGCACUGGGUAAACUGAGUGAGAAAGCAGGAGGAUUGACGGAGGGAGCUUACAAAGUGAUUUGACUUGCAUUUUUUGGAUGUAUUUUUGUGGUUCGGAUAAAGAAGUUCAUUGUAGAGUGUUGAGACACAACAAAAAGUUUUAAAGAGGUUAUUAAAUUCCAGCACAAUGAAGACAAAAUACCUGGAUUACUACUUUACCUACACACCAUUUAAAGUGCAAGGCUGCAUGCGACAUGGAAAGCCAAAACCAUUCUCCCAUGUUCACCAAGACUCAGACUGGUGUUCUCAUUUGUCAUUCAGUUUUUCCGCCUGACUGGAUUUUUAUCUACGUUACCUUUGUGUAUAUUUAUAUAUAUCAGUGAACUUUAUGUGCAACUCUGUGACACUUUUCCAUUAACCAGCGAUUGUCAUUAAUUAGGGAGGUCUGUUGCUGGCCUGUGUGUAUCAAUGAGAGAUUACAGCCAGCUCAAAUAUCAGUGAUGAAACUGCAAGUACCUAGUACAUGCUGGGGUAGGAUAGCCCAAAGUCUGAUAUAAAACUGGGAACGAGUCUCAUAGUCUCAACAGAGAUAGUCAUCUGGCUUUAUAAUGGUGCUUUAUAUUGAUAGAGUAGCCAUGGGACUUUGGAAAUAGAUACACUGCAGCAUGAUUUGUUUGUGAUGUCAGCAGUGAAACUGUAAAUAAGAAAAAACUCAUCAUGUUUUUCUACAUUGUCGGCAAUUCCAACCUAUCUGGCAAUGAUGAGAAUCAACAGAUUGAUGUACAGGGAUCUGGACCUAUCCAUGAGCAGCUGUCAGCCAUUAAAAGUCAAAACUCUCUGGAAAAAUAUCAUAUACCCAAGCCAGAGUUGUCUAACCUGAUGUGCAGUGGCCAGGAGAACGAUGUAUCACGCUCACUGGGAAUUCCAACUACUCUGGAUGCUGGCAGCUUCAGCGAAGUUCAAGAACUUGGAGUUUUAGACUCUCCCUCAAAGGAAGUUUGUGUUUGUUGCCGGGAGCACAGUGGCUCAGAAAGUGAAUUGGACAGGAUGGAUUAUAUGUGUGAACAUAGAACUAGUGCAUCCGAAAAGUUGAAUUCUUGUUGUUGUUUGUUAAAAAGUUUAUCUGGUGAUGCUAAUGGAGCUGAAAAUUUAUGUGUUCAAAAAAUGUAUGAAUCAUCGUCUGGUAAACCAGUUCGAUAUGCAACACGUGUGCAUGCAGAAUUUGCCCCAAACAAAGUGCGACCAAAAAGUAUGUGUUCGGUGGGAACUAGAUGUGAAAUGAGAUCGCCUAGAAUACAGCCGGACAUACGCAUAGAAAAUGAUGAUGGAGUCUGGUCUCUUUCAGACUCUAGUGUUAAUUUUGAAAGUUUUGGUAAAAGAACACCAGGAUGUACCCGCCGGGCCAGCGAAUGUCUCAUUCUGGAGCCCUCCGAGAUGAUUGUUAUCGAUUAUCCUGAUGUCCAGAUUAUGAAAAACAGUCGCAGUGGACAAUGUAACAAUGUCAACAUCAACCGAAUGUUUGAUUUAGAGCACGAAGACCAAAAAUUAAGAAAAAUGCAUUGCGACACAGCAGUGGAACAGCUUCCACCGGAUUACAAAAACGAAAUGUUAUAUUCACGGAGUGAAAUGCAAAUGAAGAGAAGUUCCCGAGCCAGCGAUACAUCCAGUGCUUACUCUGGCUCCGACAUGAUGCAGUCUUCCAUUGAUGACCAAGAAAACCAGGACAUGGACCUCACUGGGAUGCAAGAGGGCUACGUGGACUCCGACGAGGAGGAGGACAAAUUGUCCAAUACGGAGUCUAUACGAGAUGCAGUCCAAGAAUGUCUCCAGAAAGAACCAAAAGACCGAACAGAAGAUGACAUUGAAACACUGCUGGAGUUCAUUCAGCAUUUCAGGGCGUUUGCCAACAUGACACAGCCUAUUCGCCGUGAGUUGUGCGCGGUGAUGGUGUUUGCUGUGAUUGAGCAGCGUGGGACUGUUGUGAUGAAGGAUGGAGAGGAACUGGAUUCUUGGUCAGUCAUUCUCAAUGGCCAGGUUGAAAUCGUCCACCCAGAGGGGUCCGCAGAGUUUCUCCAAAUGGGAGACAGUUUUGGGAUUUCCCCAACCCUGGAUAAGAUGUAUCACAAGGGGACAAUGAAGACCUUGUUGGAUGACUGUCAGUUUGUCUGUAUAGCUCAGGAGGACUACCACAGGAUUCUGGACAAGGGCAAAGAAAACACAGAGAAGCAUGUGGAGGAAGGGCAGGUUGUAAUGGUCACAGAACACAGGGUGUUUGAUAAUGGAAGCCGCAAAGGACAAAUUGUUAUCAGGGGAACACCGGACCACUUGAUGCAGCAUCUAGUGCAGGAGCACUCCAAUGUUGACAGAACAUAUGUAGAGGACUUUCUGUUGUGUUUUCGAAUCUUCAUUAAAGAUCCCAUGGAAUUAGCCGAUAGAUUGAAGAUUUGGUUCGAGACACCAAGUUACAGAAAUAAGGUGAUAAGAGUGGUGUUAUUCUGGGUCAACAACCACUUUGUGGACUUUGAAACCGAUGCCCCUCUCUGUGAAUUCCUGGAAAGCUUUGAGGGUCUUCUGGAGCGAGAGAUCAGCAUUGAAUCAAGUAGAAAGUUUAAAGCGGAUAUGACGGGACAGCUUAGGCUGUUGAACAUAGCUUGUGCCGCAAAGGCUCAGACCAGAAAUAUUACACUAACCCGCGCCACCAGAGAGGAGGUUUUGCACUUUUCUGUCCUUGGGGGACAGGAGAGGGGCUGUGGUAUUUUUAUUUCCAAAGUAGAAAAAGGCUCCAAAGCUUAUGAGGCUGGCCUCAAAAGAGGAGACCAGAUUUUGGAGGUAAAUGGAGCCAGUCUGAGUAAUGUCUCACACAAUCGGGCACUGGAACUGCUAAGGGGAACAACUCAUCUAUCUCUUAAUGUCAAAUGCAACUUACUGGACUUCAAGGAACUGCUAGAAGUACCAGACAAACGGAUGAGUAAGGAGGACACACCUACCCUGAACAAAAGGUCCUCCACUGGAGACCUCGAGUCAAAAACCCCAAAAUGUGAAAAGAAGGAGAAAAGAGACAAGAAAAAAUUCUAUACACUUGGCAAACAUAAUGUGUUCAAUUAUAUUGGAGGAAAAAUUCUCUCAAAAAUGCCCUCCACAAGUAAUUUAGGGAAUAGUGAGAGCCUGAAUCGGUCGGAUGAGAGCCUGUACAAGGGCCCCUCCUCGAGAUCUCGGCUGCCCUCGGCCAGUUCUCUGACCACACUAGGUGUUCAGUCCCAGCACCUUAGUGCUAGCAACCCAGACCUUUCUGCUCUGACAGUGGAGGAGAGCAUAAAGGAAUACCCAGACUUGGUUGUCAAAGUGUACAAAGCGGACCAGACAUUUAAAUACCUGCUCAUCAGCAAGGAAACCAAUGCUAGAGAGGUUGUGUUACAAGCACUGCAGGAGUUUGGAAUCACAGAGCCUAGCAGCAAUUUCUCAUUGUGUGAAGUCACAGUGGAAAACGAGAAUCUAGUCAAACAAAAACGCCUGCCAGACUCCAUGACCAAUCUCCCGGACCGAGCGAGCUUAAAUGGAAGGCGUACUGUUCCAUGUGUACUCAGGUAUUACCUCAAGAACAAUAUGAACACGGAGACCUUGGUCCCCGACGAGUUACGCGGGGAUCUCAUUAAGGAGGCUCAGAUCACCAUCCUUCAGCUCCGCACCACAGAGGUGGCCUCGCAGCUCACGCUGGACGACUUUAAGGUGUUCGCCAGCAUUCAGCCCACCGAAUACAUUGACAAACUGUUCAACAUCAAGUCCAAAUAUGGCAUACCAAACCUGGAAAAGUUUGUGGAGCUUGUUAAUAAAGAAAUGUAUUGGGUUAUAACAGAAGUCUGUUCAGAACCCAACGUUGUCAAGAGAAUGAGAAUCAUCAAACAGUUUAUCAAGAUUGCAAAGCAUUGUAAGGACUGCAAGAAUUUUAACUCCAUGUUUUCAAUACUAAGUGGGCUUGACAAAGUGUACGUCAGUCGAUUGCGCAACACUUGGGAAAAAUUAUCUAAAAAGGAUUUGAAGACAUAUGAUGACUUAAAAGAAUUGAUUGAUCCAUCUAAAAACAUGUCCAAGUACAGAAGUUAUGUUGGUAGUGAACAUGUACAACCACCAAUGCUUCCAUUGUUUCCUGUGGCAAUGAAGGAUUUGACUUUCUUAAAAGAUGGAAACGACACAAAAGUGGAUGGACUGAUAAACUUUGAAAAGUUCAGAAUGAUAGCGAAAGAAAUUCGCCACCUGUGCUCUAUGUGUUCAGCAAAAUAUGAUGUGAAUAACAUGUUUCUCGGCCCACAAAGUAUGAUUGAGAGUUCUUGGAUCAUGGGAAUGGCCACCAUGAAAAGGGUAAAGAACAGGCGAGGGUCUGCUCUCCCCAACGCCAAGAAGAUGUACGAGGAGGCCCAGAUGGUUCGAAGGGUGAAGUCCUACCUCAGCAACAUCAAGGUUAUCUAUGAUGAGGACAAACUCCGGGAAAUGUCCUACCAGUGUGAACCGGACACUAAAGUACGGAGAGUUGAACAUUCUCCAAGUGUUCCCAAUAUCACCAUCCCAAAGGAUGACAAAGCAGCUGCCAUACCAACAGGUCCAAAGUUUGGUGCUGAAUCUCCCCAAGCAAUCCAGAAACUGAUGGGAUUGUCCACCUCAGUCAAACCUCAUAAAUCUCAUUACCCCCACACCCCUGCUCCGUCGGGGGUGACAAGUCCGUCCCUAAGCUCUGGGCGACGACUACCCACAUCUCCCCGACACUCCGCGGCCCUACGGUCCCAUCCAGUUCAACUGUCACCUGAGAGUUCAUCCUUCGUCAGUCUUAGUAAUUUUGUAAAUCACCGCAGGCCCCAGCGUACUGGCUCACAAACAUCCCAAUCAUCCUUGACCUCCAACGAGUCGAGUUCAACAGACACAACACAAGUCAGCCAGGGCUCAUCACACCCCCAGUACGCGCGGCUGUCCAACAACCACCACGAGUCUCCUGACUCAGGCCGACACAGCAUGAUCUCCACAGCUUACGAUACUCAGAGCACCACCUCAGCCGGCUCCAGUAACAGUCUGUCCAGUCACUCCCCCCCACCCCACUUCCGGCGCCAGGGCCCCCAGACCGCACCGCCCUUUCUCCAUCAACAUAGUACUCCACCUCUGCCCCAGGCUCGGGCGAGGCCACCGCUACCGCCCUAUAAUGUUGUCAUGCAAAAUUCACCAGCCUAUAGCCAUAUUAUCCAUCAAACGUACACUAAAGUUCGUCGGCCACCCCUGCCUGAUUACCAAUCUGCUACCCAAAUGGCCCAACUAGCUCGCCAGAAGCAUUAUUGGCAGAUGGAACGAUCUCAUUCACAUGAAGGGGUUGUAGGAUACUGCAAUGGGCAGGCACCUUAUUACCGAGUCUCUGAUGAUGAAGAGGAACAGGUGUCUGCAGUGUGAAUAGACUCUCUGUCGUCAUUACGUAAAAGCUGUUCUUGGACCAAGGCAGGGUCUACAACAUCCCAGUGUCAGCUAACCCUGACAGGGAGGGCGGGUCAUGUUCUGUUUAACAACAGAAAUGGACAUGGGGCCCCCAGCUGUUUUGAAGUGCAAUUCUUCCUGCUCAUCUGUGAUAGUCAAAAAAACAAACCUAUAAUCCUCUCUUAUGUUGGGGAGAAUGUAAGUGCAAGAAAUCUUCUUGUGCAUAUUCAUGUGCAAUUUGACAAAACCUAGGACAUGCUAUGCAUGCAUAUUAGUCACAGUAUUAACUAGACGAGGAUCUGAUAAUGUGUCUACCUGAUCUGAAAUCAUACAACCUUGUGUGUGGUGAUAUGUGUCGCUGUGUUCAGAGGAGAGACUUCUGCCGAGGAUGGUACUUCCUACAUACAUUGAUAGUGCUAUUACCAUGAUCAUAUUUUGUCACGUGCCAUCACAGAAAAUCAUGUAGAGCUUCCUUAUUUUUCAAGGAAAAGGACUCCAGAAAUUCAUAGAUGUAUUUCUAUAUACCAAAGAUUCAAGUCGUCAUUUUACUCAUUUUGUUCAGAAAUGGCAAGAACCAUAUUUUAUUACAACUGUUAUAAUCAUCAUUUUUUUAAAACAAAAAUCAUCCUUGUUUAAUUUAUUAGAUAUAUAAAGUUUUAUAUACUGUACAUCUAUAUGUUUACUUACCUGUAUCUUUGAGAGGACAUUUUAUCUACUGUAUAUGAGGCAUGAUGAAAUCCAGGUGACUUACUCAAGCAAGAGGAGAUAACUCUUCACAUAGGUCUUCAAGAACCAAAGAAACUUGGGUUUAUAUAUGGAAUAGAGAUCUUGGAAAUUAUCUUACAAUUCUGCAUAUAAGAUUUCAACAGAAUAAUAGAUUAUUAACAGUAAUAUAAACAGAAUAUGAAAACAUUAAUUUGAAAUUACAUCCAAUAAAAGCAACUUUCUAAAUGUUAUACACCAUUUAAGGUUCAUCAAGAGGGAUAUUAUUGCAUAAUGUUAAAAAAAAGUCAUUGCACUUUACAUUAAAAUUAAUGCAAGGCAAAUAUAUGAUGGUAUGCAAAGUUUAAAUUCAAAGUAAAAGGGAAAAUUAUUUAAGUUAUAUUUUUUCAGUCUGAGGUGAAAUUUAUGUAACUGUAAUAUCUGAAUGUGUAUUUUCUUCUUUUGAGGCCAGGCAGGUCUUUUCUAUGAUUGGUUUAUUUCAUUACCGUAGUAUCAGAUGGGUUUUUAGCUAAUGAAGAAAAUUAUUUUUUUAUAUCCUGAAAUUCAGUUUACCCACAAAUUUGAUACUAACAUGAAAGGAAAUCAGAAAAUAAAUAAUUGAAUUGUUAUGCCAUGCCAUUUGAUAACUUCUAAAUUUCUAGUUCACCUAAUAUUGUUUGAUACCUCUAUCCACUGAGUUUAUAAGAUAUGGAUGGACUUUGCUUUCUUUUGAAGGUUUUGUCAUAAGAAACUCUUCUGUAAUAUACUAAGUUCACUUAAUGACAGAGUAAUAGGUAUUUCCAGUAUUAUGUAUUUUUAGCAGCUAUAAGUCUUGAACACUGCCAAAUCAUUGCCAACAGAAUAGAGUGUCAUGGUGCCUAUAUUGUAAAAGACAUUCUAUUUUUUUUACUCUCUUUGAAGAUCUAAGAUUCCAUUUAAUGAAAGUUUGGUUUUGAAUGUUACACAAAUACAGGUAGUUUUUUUCCCCAUUUUUGACCGCACGUUUUAGUAAAAUACUGGUCCAUGUAUUAGUUUAAUUGAUUACAUGAAGACUGAAACAGCAGAAAUUCCAAUAAGCAAUAGAUUGUUAAUUAACAAAAAUAGAUUUAACUGUGUGAGUAAGUGGAAAUGUGUAAUGCUCAUUAAUUAGUAAUUUUAUUUACUGUAUGGUUUUAGGGAUAAAAGGAAUCAUUUUUAAUCUGGAUUUUUUUCAUAUUUUGGAACACUGGAAAUGACACGUGAUCUGAAAACUUUUAUUUGUUCAACUUGCUGAUGUACAGUAAAUAAGUAUUACAACGAAGUCACAAAAUAAUACAGUUUAUCAUGCAUCUGUAUAUAAUUUUUCUUAUUACCAGGAAAAAUAAAAUAAAAUGUAAAACAAUA